CUGGAUGUUGCUAAAUUAUACCUGGGACUAAUCUCAUGAUUGGUACUUGACAAAUUCAAAGUCUCCCCCGAUUGGCUUAAUUUUCUCGCCAACCAGGAGGAAUUGGAAAGGCAGUAACGGGAUCACAAUGCCAAUAGGAAGAAGUGCUAAAAUGGUACAAUAUGUGGAUUACAGGAUGCGAUGUGUGCUCCAAGAUGGCCGUGUUUUCAUUGGCAUUCUCAAAGCUUUUGACCGACACAUGAACCUCAUUCUCUGUGACUGUGAUGAAUUCAGAAGGUUGAAGUCAAAGAGCUCCAAGCAAGGUGAGAGAGAAGAAAAACGAGCCCUUGGUCUUGUGUUGCUUCGAGGGGAAACCCUUGUGACGAUGACUGUGGAAGGGCCUCCUGUGAGAGAUAUUGGCAUUUCGAGAGUUCCUAUUGGUGGUCCUGGUGUUGGUAGAGCAGCAGGGAGAGGGAUGCCAGCUAGCAUACCAAUGGCUCAGGUACCUGCAGGACUAAUGGGGCCCAUAAGAGGUGUUGGAGGUCCUUCACAGCAGGAAAUGACCCCUCAGACUAGAGGAACUGGAAUCGUGCCCACUCCUAGCUUUUCUGCUGUCCCACAAUCUUAUGCACCAGUGAGAGGUGCUCCGCCAGUUCUUGGUGAGCCAAGGCCAGGCUUUAUGAGACCACCUCCUGGCAUGAGACUUCCAUUUGCACCACCACCGAUUGGGAUGCCUUCAGGCAGAGGAGCUCCAAUGGGAAUUCCUCCAGGAAUGCGACCACCAAUGAUGCCAAGGAUGAGAGGUCCUCCAGGAUCUAGAGCACAUCCUCCAAAACCUUAGAGACUUAUCCAUGAAGGACUUUGCUAUCAGGCUUUACAUUAGUAAUAGUGCCUUCUGAAGCAAUUUACUCUAAAGAGUUCACAAAAUUGUUGUGUUCCUUUUCAAUUCUUGAAGCAUUUGUACAUGAACCAGAACUCUUUGGCAGAAACAAAAACAUAAUUUGGGGUAUGAAAAAUUGCUGCCCAUGAAUGUCCGAUAAAGUGCGUCUGCUGAGACCCAGCACAAUCCAACACUUCUGUUUUUGGGCUAUGUUUUUUUUUCUCUUGUUAAGGGCAAGUCCCUGUUUUCUACAUUUUCUUUUCAAAAAUAUAUUUUAUUUAUAAAAUUUUGUAAGCAAAACAUCCAUUUGUAUAUUGCAGGAUUUUCAAACCGCUUCAAGUACAAUUGUAAUAGCCUACACAAUUAGCAAAUACAUUCCAUUAUCAGGUAUGUAGGCCUAUGGCUAAAUAUUUUAAAGUACAAAAUAUGGGAAGUGUCAUUGUUACAAAGUUCCCUAUGCAACAUGUUUAACUUUGAAAUGCCUCUAAUUA